AUGUUAAGUAUCUCUGCUCAAACAAGACAUAGGAAGCGAGAAAAAAAUCUUCAAAAUUUUUAUCCAAGUUUAAAUAAUACAUCUACUCAAACAAGUACAUCUAAUAAUAUUUUGAAUAAUCAAAUAAAUAUUGAAAGUAUGAAGAAUAUUGAGGAAAAUAUUGAACAAAAUUUAGAAAAUGAGGAAUUAGAGGAAAAUGAAUUGGAGAAGGAUAAAUUGGAAAAGAAUAAAUUGGAAGAGAAUGAAUUGUAA